AUGAGACCUAUCAUUUGUAAAGAAUUAGCAAAAAUACCAACAAGAAAAAAUGGUAUUACAGCAAUUGUUGAAUUUAUGAAAGCGUUGCCUGAUGAAAAUAAAAUUACAGUUAAUAAUCUUGAUAAAGUAGUAUCCAUAGUCACAUUAAUUCCUAAAGAUACUAAUAAAGAGAUAUAUAUAAAAACAAUUGCUUCUGAACUUUUAUUAAUGCUUGAUCAUUCAUUUGAAAAAUCAUAUUUAUUUCAAACAUCUGGAAGAAUUAUAUCUAUUUUAUUAUUGAAUUAUCCUGAGAUGACUUAUAGUUAUAUAAUUUCCAAAAUUGUUGAUCCAUUACAUAGUCCUAUACAAAACCAAAAUGAAGAAACUAUAGAUAUUGCUAUUAAGCGAAUUGAAAGGAUUAUUAUUCAGCCAGAUUCAAACAUAAUUAUUAAUAUUAUUUCACCUAUAUUUACUACUCUUUGGACUGCAUCGUGUUUCUCGCAUAAAACUCAUAAAUAUAUAUGGAGAGAUAGAAUAAAUUCUUUAAUUUUAAGUUAUAUUGUUGUCUCUGAUCAAUUAGAAUCUAUAUUUAAGAUAAUUGAUAAUUUUUUAUAUGUAGGUAAUAAUUUUUCUUUUGUAAAUGGGGAGUAUGGUGGAAUUUCAAUUGAAAUUAAUGAUUUAGGUGUUGUUUUGUCGAUAGAAGAUAUUGACUCUCGUAUUGAAAAUUUUAGUUUUUUGAUUGAAAGACUUAGAAAUGAUUACAAAUUAAUUGAAAAUAUUUUUUUAAAAUUGUUGAAUCAUUGGCUUAAUAAAAAUAAGAACUUAAAGCAAAAUCAAGACCCAUUAAAUGAAUUAUCUUAUCUUAAAAUUUUAAUGUUUAUUCAAAAUAACUAUUUGCCAGAAAUAAGAAAAAAUACUGAAAAAGUCUUUCAAAUUUUAAUGGAUGUUAUAUGCAAUUUUAAUGAAAAUUAUAAGUUAUCUCAGAAAGAUAAUUUUAUUGACUUUACCUCACCGUCUAUUAACAAUCUUCAUAAACUGGUAGGAAAUAAUCUGGAUUCAGAAAUUACAGAAGAAGAUGUUAAUAUUGUUAUGAUCUCAUUAAAUAUUUUAAAUGUAAUUCUAGUUGAUAAUCCUAAGUUAUCGGAAAAAGAUAUUUCUAUAUUAAACACAAUUCAUAAUGAGUUGAUGUAUAUGGCAGAAAACUCUAUAGAAUCUUUAAAAAUAUGUGCUAAAGAUUUAAAUAUUCUGGUUAAAUCAUGUCUUAUUUUUCCUGUUACAUCAGACCAAAGUAAAAAUUCUUUAACUGAAAAUUUAAAAGAAAAAUAUAAUAAGGCUAUAAGAUAUAUUUAUGAUCAGCUUGUUCCUAUUCGUGCUCAAGGGAUUUUGCUUUUAAAAGAAAUAAUAGAAACAAAAGAUCCAAUAAUAGAUGUUAAUGAAGUGUUAAAUAUAUUAAUUGGAUUAUUAAAAGACGAUGAUAGUUUUGUUUAUUUAAAUGCAAUAAGUUGUCUUUCUUGUUUAGCAAAUAAUCAUGGAAAUUAUAUAGUAAAACAAUUAUUAAAUGAAUAUGCAAAUGUUUCAAAAUAUAAAUUAGAUGAACGUAUACGAAUAGGCGAUGUUCUUUUUAAAAUAAUACAGUAUCUUGGAAAAAUGAUUAAUAACAAAAUUUCAGAUUCUAUUGCAACAACAAUGCUUGAUAUAUUAACAUGUUCUACAAAUGAUAUACGAUUACGAUCAUCAGCACUUAAUCUAUUGGGAGCGGCAUGUAACUAUAGUUUUUAUGGCAUGGGACAAUGGUGUUUCAGGGCACUCGAAUCAUCUAUUGAUAUUUUAAAUUUUGAGAAAACAGAAGAACAUGUUAUGAUUAGAAGAGCUGCCAUUGUAACAAUUGCAAACAUUUUGCAAGCAACAGAUGAAAUUUCAUUUAUUCCAGGUCAUUUAUUGCGAACCAUUUUAAAAACGAUCCGUUAUGUUCAAACAACAGAUCAAGAUAUUUUAAUACGGCGUCAAGCAACAGGACUUUUAGAUGUUAUGAAAGAAAAAUUAGAACAAAAAAUAGGUGUAUAUUCUUCGGACAGUAUUUUAAAUAUUCUUGUUUAA